AUGAGUGUGCUGUGUACCUCGUUCGCAGGAAGAGAGAGCACCGGAGGAUUCUCCAGUGAAGACUGGGCCGGUAUGACACUAAGAGCUCCCCUUCCACCACUACAGAAUCUCAGCUCGCUAGAACUCCAUUACUGCGCAUGGCUGAAUGAAGCUCACCUCCACGACAUUAUUGACGCUUGCCCCAAAUUAGCGACCUUCAAGUUCACAUCAGAAGCUAGUCCCACAACUGGUCAGCCGAUUCCCACGUCGUCCGGAUUUAACUUCGUCGGUCCCGCACUGGUUCUGAACGCUUUGAGGCCACGUUCAAAGACACUCACCGCAAUAUCGAUACGGUAUAUGCCAGUUCUUGACUUACUCUUCAGGACCCAUAGUAUCAUGGACACCGACAAGAACCUGAUCCGAACCCUCGGCCACUUCCCUAAUUUGAGGGUCCUGCAAAUCUCUCACGAUGCUUUACAGUGGACGGAUUCUGAUGGGAUCAGGGUAUCCAUCAACGAUAACAAUUGGUCUCGACCAUGGACGAGGAGAAGCCUGGGCAUACAUGCGAGUGAGUUAUUGGAGAAAGACCACCUCAACAUUUACCAGGAAACGGGCAUAAAGCUUCUGAUCGAUUUUGAAGACGCAUAUGAAAACCUAGGCACUUUCUCUUCCGUUCACGAGGGCCUACGCCACGCCGUUACCCUUCAUCCUGGCAUAGUCAGGGUCUCGGGUUUGAACUUUGAGCGCGACAAUCGAAAGAGGAGAUCAGACGAUUGUGGCCAUCACGAAAUCCCUGAAGACGACGUCCCUGAACACACAAUUCUGAAGAGUUUUCAUUGGCCACGUGGCACAAAGGUGCUGUACGGAGUGCUCGCCGAUGGGACGAGUACCGAGUAUUACGUCAACGAGAGAAGAAAACUCGUUGUGAUGCACCGCGACUACGGCCCUUGGGGUUUUGGGGUGCAGGUCCAAGGACUAGUGUUCGAUGGACUGACCGUGGUGGAAUAG